UGCUCCUGUGAGUUAAUCACCCAGUCCUAAAUCCUCACCAUGGAGUCCAUCAAAGUGCAACCUGAAGGAGGACUCAAUGUCACUCUGACUAUCAGACUCCUCAUGCAUGGCAAGGAGGUUGGCAGCAUUAUAGGCAAGAAAGGGGAAACUGUGAAGAAGAUGCGUGAGGAUAGUAAUGCACGCAUAAAUAUUUCAGAGGGGAAUUGCCCAGAGAGAAUAGUUACCAUCACAGGACCCACAGAUGCCAUAUUCAAGGCCUUCGCCAUGAUCACAUACAAGUUUGAAGAAGAUAUUGUUAACUCUAUGAGCAAUAGCCAGGCUACUAGUAAGCCUCCAGUGACUUUGCGUUUGGUGGUGCCGGCCAGUCAAUGUGGCUCUCUAAUUGGGAAAGGAGGCUCCAAGAUCAAGGAGAUGAGGGAGUCUACAGGGGCUCAAGUGCAAGUGGCUGGAGACAUGUUGCCCAAUUCUACUGAGCGGGCAGUCACUAUCUCAGGUGCUCCAGAGGCCAUUAUUCAGUGUGUGAAGCAGAUCUGUGUGGUCAUGUUGGAGUCCCCACCCAAAGGUGCCACAAUUCCAUAUAGACCGAAGCCUGCCACUGCACAAGUCAUUUUCUCUGGGGGCCAGCUAAGAGCAGAUACUCUGACAGCACCAGCCACAGCCAACCUCAGCUUGUUACUGCAGCAUCAGCCUCUGCCUGCCUACACCAUUCAGGGACAAUAUGCCAUCCCACACCCAGACUUGACAAAGCUCCAUCAGCUGGCUAUGCAGCAAACCCCCUUUACCUCCCUCGGACAGACCACCCCAGCUUUCCCUGGUGUGGAUGCCAGUUCACAGGCCAGUACUCAUGAACUCACCAUUCCAAAUGAUCUAAUAGGCUGCAUAAUCGGACGUCAGGGCACAAAAAUUAAUGAAAUCCGUCAAAUGUCUGGGGCUCAGAUCAAAAUUGCUAAUGCCAUGGAGGGGUCAUCAGACCGUCAGAUCACCAUUACUGGAACACCUGCCAACAUCAGCCUGGCACAGUACCUCAUAAAUGCCAGGUUCAGAGAUGUGGCAGCCAUGUGGACUGACCCUUCAACCAUGACAACCUCCUGAAAUCAUAUUAUGCUCUGUUUAUCUAAGACGUUCUGGUCUUUAACUGUUUUUGGGCCUCAUCGGUGUUCUUAAAACCUGGGAAUUGAUAUAGUCAGACAUUUGUGUCUCAGGAUUGUUGAACUACAAUUAGUGUAAUUAAGCCAGUUCAAUUUACUCAUUCCAUAAAAUAACAAA